AUGACAACACACGAAAGUAGAAGCAAACCAAGGAAGCGAGUUGUGGUUGGUUACUACCACAGCAAGAAGGUAAUGGUGGCAGGCCUGAAAAUAUUCUCUUUCAGACAGGUUGCAAAAGCUUGGGGAUGCUCACCAAGCACUGUGUUUUAUUGGAAAAACAGAAUUGAAGAAAACGUGCAAGCUAAUGUUGGUGGUGUUCGUCAAUUCAAGUAUGAUUUAAAGGACGUGGUAAAGGCAGUACUUAUUGUGAACAAAGUGUCAAUGGUAAAACCAUUGUCUACACUGGAUGAAUAUGUAAAUGAAUUACAAAAACAUGGUUACGAUUACAGCACCACAUGGGUGAGUCGAGUGUUGAAGCAACUAGGUAAUUCUUUCAAGAAUGCUUGUUAUAAGAGCAGAUUGAAAUAUACACCAGAAAACAUCACAAAGUACAUCCAUUACGUUUGUGAACCUUCAUGGAAUCAUGUCGUAGAGGCUGAUGCUCGUGUUGCAAAAACAAUGACACAUGUUGUUCAACCCUAUUCUUGGAGGAAUAGUCAAAGGAAAUAUACAAUUUCGAGCGCCAAGAACAAGAGAACAUGGUAUUAUGGAAUUUCAUUCUAUUAUGGCCAUUUUGAUAAUGAUGUGUGGAGUGCGUCUCAUCUUUCGAAUAAUGCUUAUUAUGAAGACGAAACAGACAAGCCUUUUGAAUGGUCGAUUAUUCUGGAUUACAGAUUGGAACCAGCCGUAUUUAAGAUGUACAAACAUAAUUAUGAAAACAAGGUAGCAAUUGCUUUUAGAGGGACUGCAAGCACUUGGUCAGAUAUUGCUACGAAUUUCUAUACCAAUCUAGUGGGUACUAAUGUUUGUAGGAAUGGUACAUGUGCCAAGUUCCACUCUGGAUAUUACUCGGAAUACAUGUCCUAUAGAGACUUGUUGAUAUCCAAGAUUCAAUCAUUGAUUCAAACUGGCACCAAUCCACAGAUUAUCGUAACAGGUCACUCGCAAGGUGGUGGAUUAGCUCAAUUGUGUGCAGUCGAUCUUGCGCUUACAUUCAAUAUUCCCACUUCUCAAAUGAAGUUAAUCACAUUUGCAGCUCCAGCUCCUGGAGACUAUUAUUUUUCAUAUUUAGGUCAGAGAUUUGUCAAUCAUCUUCGAAUUGUCUCUGGAUGUAAUUGUGCGUAUUUUUCUUGUAUUUACUUGGACAUGGUUGAAAACCUUUUGACCACCAAUCACUUUGGUACAUUGUUUGCGCUCCAAUACAGGUUUGAUCCAUCACCAUCUUACAUCACUCUUCACAGUCUAAACACUUACAUUGAACAUGUAAAAUUACAAACACCCUAUGAAGAAUUGACAAGAGUGUUUGCUCUUGAUUCUGUUGUUACUUCCCGUUAUCAAGGCAUUUAUGUCCAAGACACUCUAUGGCCAUGUUCCAUGCAAUUAAGCAUUGUUUCAACAUGGGACUCUCAAAGACGGUAUGAGGUUUUUAAUGGUCGUUGUGAUAUUCCAUAUCUUGUAGCUUCCUAUUCCUCAGACAUUCCAGCAGGAAUAUAUGAUGUGAAUGCGAAUAUCACAUAUGGACUCUAUAGUCCUCCAUUCACCAUUCGAGCAUAUCCCAACCAGAUUCAAGUCAAUUUAACCAGUUCCGUUAUUGGCACUUUCACACCUUCUUUUACAUGUCCAUCCCAAUGCGUCAAUUGCAGUGAAGUGACACAACAAUGUACCUCAUGUAAGCCAGGUUAUUAUGGAACUACUUGUGAAUUUAGAUGUCCCAGUAAUUGCGCUACAUGUAUGAAUAGUACAGCUUGUCUUACAUGUGCUUCCAAUGUCACAACACCACCACCUCAAUGUGCUCCCAAAUGUUCGUCUUGUGUGAAUGGUUUGUGUAUCGAUUCAGGAGUAUGCAAAUGCAAUGACGGCUGGACUGGGGUUAAUUGCUCUCAAAUAUUAUGUCCAGCUGGAUGUACUUCAUGCAGCUCUCCAUAUCAAUGCACAGGUUGCAAAAACGGAUGGUAUGGUAUCACAUGCUCCUCACCAUGUUUAGCAAAUUGUUUGACUUGCAGUAAUAGUGUGAGUUGUUCGUUAUGUGCUCCAGGAUAUUAUGGUUCCACUUGCAGCAAUGUUGGAUAUUCCACAACUCGUAGUGUUUUCACAUAUCCAAUUGUAGUUUCUCCCCCCACCUAUGGUAUCACAAGUUAUGGAUCUGUCAGCAGCAAAAUAGAAAAAGUUGCUUCUGAUUAUGAAAGUUUGCUUGCCAUAGGAGAUGGUGGUAAGACUUUGAUACGAAAAGACUCGCUCGCCGCAUCGUUCGUCCAAGUGACUAAUGCAUCAUUUGCUCCAUAUACUUUUACAAAUGUUGAUUUUUACAACUCCAAUGGAAUUAUCACUACCUCGACUCCAUCCAUUGUUUUUGUAUUUGGUAAUUCACCAAGCAUGCCUUUGCGAUAUUCAACUGUUCCAGUCUUAUUUAACACGAGUGUACAGGAUGUUAUUGUUGAUGUAACAAUUGACAGUUAUUUAAGUUUUUAUUUAACAGCUUCAGGAAGACUUUAUGUUUAUGGUGACAUGUCAGCUUUUUACUCUUCAGGUGCAUGCGUGCAUUCAGGAAUCCUAGGAAGGGCUUCAUUUACAAACCUUACAGAGAUUCAUUUCCCCAAUAAUGAUAGAAUUAAGGUCUUUGAUUGUGUAAUGCAAAUAUGCUUUGCUUACAGCUAUUCUGGAAGACUCUAUGGCUGGGGCCAUGUAUCAAAAAGAUAUUAUGGAAUUGAUAGCACCUUGUGUGAAAUGCAACCAUUAUUGUUGGACAUGUCUCCUUUUAAUGGAGCUGAAAUAACAGCAGUUCAUGCAAAUAAUUAUGGAUAUUCCAUGUUUUUAACGAUCGAUGGACGAGUGUUCUUCUCUGGAAUUGACACGUCUCUUCCCUAUACAUUAUCACUUCCUUCACAACUGUUCGAUCCUUCAGAGCGAGUUAUUGCCAUUGGUGGAGGCUAUGACAGAAGCUUUUAUUCAUUAGUCACUCGAAGUAGAAAAAACUACGUAUUAGGAACAGCGUCAGAAAUAACCCUGAUGACUGGUGCAUCUCGAACUAAUUUACACUAUAUUUCUGGCUACGAUGGAAAUCUCAUUCAUGGCAAGUAUCUCAUCUCUCAAACCAGUUGCUUUGGUGUUUACGACUUGGAUCCAACUACGUGCAGUGGAAACGGUAAAUGUGCCAAUACGGAUCUUUGUGUCUGUAAUUCUAAUUACGCUGGACAACGAUGUGAAAAACCCGUGUGUUUUGGAUUUGCAGCUGAUGAUCAAAGAGUUUGCUCUGGAAAAGGUCAAUGUAUUGCUCCCAACGUGUGUUCUUGCCAAUCCCAAUUCACUGGAAGUCAAUGUGAAUUGUUCUCAUCUCCAUUUUGUUCCAAUGUUUCUACAGUACCAUACCAAUGCCCAGGAUGUGUAGAGGGAAGUUUUAAUACAGUGAAUAUGUGCAGAGACAAGUGUCCAGUGAAUUGUAUUUCAUGUAACUCGAGCACAACUUGUCAACAAUGUAGUUAUGGAUACUCGGGUAGUUUGUGUACCCCAUCAUGCCCAGAAAAUUGUAGAGCAUGUAGCAGUAUUGAUAGAUGUAGUCUGUGUCAUGAGGGAUUUUAUCUUUCCAACUCUUCUACAUGUGAACCAUGUCCUGAAAAUUGCAACUCAUGUCACAACAGUCAAACAUGUACUUCGUGUAAACAAGGAUGGAAUGGAGCUACUUGUACUACACCGGUUUGCCUUAGAAAUUGCAGAACAUGUACAAAUUCUGAGAAUUGCACUUCAUGCGUGGAUGGAUAUAAGGGUGAUCAAUGUUUUACUGCAUGUCCUGUAAACUGCCAAUCAUGCAAUUCCACUCAAUGCGUUCGUUGUAAAGACGGUUAUUAUGGCAACGAUUGUGAAUAUCGAGAGGAGCGCUGUGACUCGUUGUCCUUCAGCAUGUUCCCAACAUUGAGCUCAAGAGAUGUUGGAAAUGGACAAAUUGAAUACACCAUUUCUGUGUCCAAAUUCUUCCAACCCAAUAUGCAGAACUCAACCAUGAGAGUUGCUUUAAAGAACAUUCGAAAUUGUUCUUCUGAAAACGUCCCCUAUGAAAGUGAAAUUUCAAUCAUGACUUAUAACGAGACAAAGUGUGAAUGGAUCUACAUGUUUAGAGUGGAUAUUUCCUCAAUGAUGAGCGAUCGAACGGUCUCUAAACAAUUGGAUGCUUCUGGAAAUAUUUAUACCUUAAAGAUUCCAUUCUAUAUUGCCAUAGAAAGACCUCAAGAAACGCCAGGAUAUUGCAGUAUUGUGAAUUACAACAUUAAUCAUGAGAUUAAGAUCCUUCUUGAUUCUCAUCAAUAUAUUGAGAUGAGUUAUACCGCACAGAAUUUAACUACCGUUAGUUAUCGCCGAGACGUCAUUGCAGUCCAAAACAAAACUCUCACUGUUGAAGGUAGAUUAUUCAUUUCCAAAGGAGAUUUAACACGAGUGACAUUUGUAGAAUCGAUACCGGUUCGUGAUUAUGGCUUUGAUGUGACCUUUUAUCUUGUUAAAACAGGAGAAUACUAUCUCGCAUUAACAACAACAAAAGCAGUGAGCUCAGUUUCUGGUACAUUUAGAUUUAAUCUUGAAGUGACCAUUAAUGGAACUGUUGUGCCUAUCGAUUUAGUGUUAGAUCUUCAAUAUUACAUGCCAUACGAUCCUCCAUCGACGAAUUUGCAACUCUCGACUCGCCUCGCUCUCUACGAUGAGAAUUUCCAACACUCGAAACUCUCCUUCUCGAGCACAGAAACUCCCAAUGUAUUGGUUCAAUUAGUCUCAUCAUCUGGUAAUGUCAUUCCAAAUGGAGUUGGCCUUACUUUGAAAAAUGCUUAUUUAUGUUGCAUGAAGAAUGGAUAUCGAAUGCCAACCUUUGAUCUCAGUACAGGACAAUUAGGAUGUACCGUUUCAAAUAGCACGACCAUGAGUGCUUGGUUGAAAAUUAUUGACAAUCAUGUACCUGUCUCUAUGCAUAACACUCGACUUGUUUCAUUCCCCAAUGUGAAUUUCCAAAUUGGUUUUGCCUUCACACCAGCACCCUUGUCCAUUCCAGUUGGAACUCAUACCUGUUUCAUUCAUACCGAAUCGAAAUUAUUAAUCACUGCACAACAACGAGCAAGUAGAGAGAGUCGAGCAUCAAGUUCAGAGCUUCAUAGUUAUGAAGUGAUUCAAUUCACACAGAAAGAAAUUAUUCCAGUAGUGUCAUCAUCCUCCAACUCUACACGUCCUGUGAAGAGUCAUGUGAAUGGAGCUCAUAGAAUGGACAACACUUCAAUGAUUUUGUUUUUGAUGAUGAGUGCUCUCUUGGGAUUGAUCAUUUCUCUUUGGUAUUAA